AUGGAGACGGUAGCGGCAUUUGAUCCCUCAGAGUCUGACAGGGUGGAAUAUGAGGGCAGGAAGGCGGCUUUGGCGCUGCAGCGUGCGCUGAGUGGAGCCAGUUCCUGGUUAACUACAGAAGUUCGCGAUCAACGCAAGUGUGACCACGCACUGUUGCCUGCUGAGUUGCCUGCCAAUAUUCGAGAGAAAGUUGCGAGGAUUCUGCAGGAACGAGGUGGCAAGGAAAAGAUACCCGAUGAAGUUGUGGAUCCCAAAGCGCCCUGGCAUCAGCAACUGGAGCAGCACGUGGCUCGACUGAUGCAGCGAAUGCGCACACAACCGCUGCAAUUCAGGCAAUUGUUGCUCACAGCAGCAUCGGAACCUAAUGCCGAUUGUGUUUCGAACACCAGCGUAACAAGCUUCGUGGACGCUCGCAAAGCAUAUCGUCGUAUCCGUCGAGCUGCUGUGGCUCUCGGUGAAGAGACUUUCUACAUGGUUCGAGGAUUUGUACGACGUAGUGAAGCCAACGGUGUUCUCCCGCAAGAUGCACAAGCAGUACGCUUGGCGUCUUUGUAUAAACUGGAGCUGCGACGGCACGUUACAAUCAGUGCUGUGAUGGAAUGUAUUCAGCAGGCAGACAGCGGGAUCCGCGUAUCCUCUAACAAGAGUCGCAAGGCUACCAAUUCGAGGUUUUCCGUCACUGGAAGCACAAAAUAUAAGCGAUCGUUCCUUCGACGACAGACAAAAAGUGCUCGUGCAUCAGGCAGUGGACCUGGCGAACAAGACUCUGCAGUAUUCGCUCGAGCAGCUAGCGCUCCUGCUGGUGCAGGCCGUAGUGGUCAAAAUACCGAUUCCGAGUCGUCGGACAAGGUCAAAUCCGUUCAUGCCUUCAAGCUGCAGGCACUGGAGCGUCUUCUUGCUAAAAGUUGGCAGGGUAGUAAAUCUGGUAGUAUUGUAUCGCUUCAACCGGUGCCAGUGAGUCCCAGCAGCUUGUCGGAUGAAACGCUAGCUCAGAUCCAAGAGCGAGUGACAGCAUUUCUGUACCACCGGAGUCGUGAGAAUUAUCCUCUUUGGGAUGAACCACCAUUAUCGAGAGAGGAGACAGCUCGACAUUUGCGCACAUUGGUAUCAACGCUUUUAACAACGCCACUGCUGCAAGGUCUAACCAUCGAUCAACUUCUAGAGGUUGCAAGAGCUGCAAGCUACAGAUUCAGAGGCCAACCCAGCUCCAGUUAG